UAUUCGGGAGUAUUCCCUUUUGGAUUCCAUCAGUAUUCCUUCCCAGCAACGUACCCGAAAUCUCCGUAGAAAGUAACGAGGUUUUCACUUUCUCUCCCACAGAGAAAGAAAGCGAGGGAUUCAACCUUUUUAUACAUUUGUCUCCGCCGAUCAACCACCACCAGAGGAAGAUCCGAUCCGAUCCGAUCUGAUCUCACCUCAUCUCUUGUUACACCUUCUCUGUGUGUUUUGAUUGAUUGCAUUUCUCCAUUUCUGUAGCAAAUUUCAAAUUUCUUGAUGGAACGAUUGAAGUGAAUCCGUCUUCGUUGUUGCAAUGCGAAUUCUAUGGUUUUGUAGGGUUUAGGUUAAUUCUGCAAUAAAUUUGGAUUAUCCUAGAAAAGCGUGUGAGAUCUUAACCUAGGGUUUUAUAAAUAAAAGCCGCAUCUCUGGGGCUUCUUCGGUUGUGCAUGAAGAUUUGGUGCUGUUUAUGCUUCGGCGAAGAAGAAGAAGAAGAAGAAUAUAAGAAGACAGAGAUGAUGAGAGAGAGGGAGGGCAUUUUUGGAAAUCUUGAUUGUGAUGAGGCUAAGUCGGAAGAAAUAGGAAAUGAUGAGGAAUUAGGGUCUGGGAACCCGAUGGAUGAAGAUGAUGGAGCAAAGUUUCGGUUGCAGCUAGGGGAGGGUACUUCUAAAACUAGUGCUGAAGGUAGUACCGUGGAGGUCAAUUUGAAUUUGAGUUUGGGAGGAGAGCCUUCGUCUUCAUCAGCUGUGGCUGUGCUUGAAAGAGAUGGUCUGGAUCGUGAUACCCACAGUAAACGUCCCAAAGUUCAUUCUCUUGCGCUGGAUUGUGAUAGCUUUCUUCUAUCUGCGGCUUUUCAAGAGAGUGAUCCCUUUAGUCUGAUCGGGAAAGAGUAUGAGAGAAUGCAUAAUACAUCAGCUCCCUUCCUUUGUUCAGUAUCUGAUGACGAUGGAAAUCCUUUCACGUCCAAUAGUUGGAGAAUGGAGGAAGAUGAAGAUGUAGUGUCAGAUAUGGAUGAUCGAGAAAUUCGAAUGGAUCUUACUGAUGACUUGUUGCAUAUGGUUUUUUCUUUCCUGGACCACAUUAAUCUUUGUAGAGCAGCUAAGGUUUGCAGGCAAUGGCGCAUAGCCAGUGCACAUGAAGAUUUCUGGAGGUUCUUAAACUUUGAGAACCGGAACAUAUCUCCACAACAAUUUGAAGAUAUGUGUCAUCGAUAUCCAAAUGCUACUCAAGUAAACAUUAAUGGUUCGCCUGCUAUUCAUACACUUGUAAUGCAAGCGAUUUCUUCAUUAAGGAAUCUUGAGUUCUUAACUUUGGGCAAAGGACAGUUAGGGGAGACAUUUUUCCAAGCUUUAACUGAUUGCACUAUGUUAAAGAGUUUAAUUGUGACUGAUGCUAUUCUUGGUAAUGGUAUUCAGGAGAUACCCAUAUACCAUGAUAGUUUGCGUCACAUUCAAAUUGUAAAAUGCCGUGUGGUCCGUAUAUCUGUCAGGUGUCCCCAACUUCAGACUUUGUCAUUGAAGCGAAGUAGCAUGGCACAUGCUGUGCUGAACUGCCCUCUUCUCCGUGAUCUCGAUAUAGCAUCUUGUCAUAAGCUCCUAGAUGCUGCAAUUCGCUCAGCAGUGACAUCAUGCCCUCUCUUAGAGUCCUUGGACAUGUCAAACUGUUCUUGUGUUAGUGAUGAAACACUGCGUGAAAUUUCCUUAACUUGUGGCAAUCUUCAUAUUCUGAAUGCAUCAUACUGUCCAAACAUUUCCCUUGAGUCUGUGAGAUUGCCAAUGCUGACGGUUCUCAAGCUACAUAGUUGUGAAGGCAUAACUUCUGCGUCUAUGGCUGCCAUAUCUCAUAGUUAUAUGUUGGAGAUUUUGGAGCUUGAUAAUUGUAGUUUACUGACAUCAGUCUUCUUGGACCUUCCUCGCUUGCAGAAUAUUAGACUUGUACACUGUCGCAAGUUUGUGGACUUAAGUUUGAGGAGUGUGGUGUUAUCAUCCAUUAAAGUUUCUAACUGCCCUUCACUUCAGCGAAUCAACAUUGUAUCGAACUCACUGCAAAAACUAAUUUUGCAAAAACAGGAAAGCUUAACUUCCUUAGAGCUGCAGUGUCAGUGUUUACAAGAAGUUGACCUGACAGACUGUGAAUCUUUGACAAAUUCGAUCUGUGAAGUUUUUAGUGAUGGCAGUGGAUGCCCCAUGCUCAAAUCGUUGAUUCUUGACAACUGUGAGAGCUUGACAGCGGUGGAAUUCUCUAGCAAUUCUUUAACGAGUCUUUCCCUUGCUGGUUGCCGUGCUAUUACGUCUCUCGAACUAACUUGCCCUUAUCUGGAGCAAGUCUCUUUGGAUGGAUGUGAUCAUCUUGAAAGAGCGAUGUUCAGUCCAGUUGGUCUUCGAUCUCUUAAUUUGGGAAUAUGUCCCAAACUAAAUGCACUCAAGAUUGAAGCACCAGCUAUGGUGUUGCUUGAACUGAAGGGGUGUGGUGUCCUAUCAGAAGCAUUAAUAAAUUGCCCCCUAUUGACAUCUCUGGAUGCUUCCUUUUGCAGCCAACUGAAGGAUGACUGCUUAUCUGCAACUACUGCUUCAUGUCCCCUCAUUGAGUCACUAAUUUUGAUGUCAUGCCCAUCUGUUGGUUCAGAUGGACUGUUAUCUCUGCGCUGGCUUCCUAAUUUGACGUCACUUGAUCUUUCCUACACUUUCUUAACGAACUUGCAGCCUGUAUUUGAUUCAUGUUUGCAAUUAAAGGUUUUGAAAUUGCAAGCAUGCAAGUAUCUCACGGACUCAUCACUAGAACCUCUAUACAAAGAUGGUGCUCUCCCUACUCUCCGUGAAUUAGACUUGUCAUAUGGGAGCUUGUGCCAGGCUUCCAUAGAGGAGCUUCUUGCUUGCUGUACCCAUUUAACUCACGUCAGUUUGAAUGGGUGCGUGAAUAUGCAUGACCUAAAUUGGAGUUUUGGCGAUGAUCGUGUGCAUGUAUCCAGCAUGCCUUCUGAAGGUGAGCCACCCUUGCAUGCUGAACAACCUCAACGUUUGCUACAAAAUCUCAACUGUGUUGGUUGUCCAAAUAUCAAGAAAGUACUCAUCCCUUCGGUGGCACGUUUUUCCCAUCUAUCAUCAUUAAACAUUUCAUUAUCUGCAAACUUGAAAGAAGUUGAUGUGGCCUGUUAUAAUUUGUGCUUUCUCAAUCUAAGCAAUUGCAGCUCAUUGGAAAUCUUGAAACUUGACUGUCCAAGAUUAACUAGCCUUUUUCUGCAGUCUUGCAAUAUUAGUGAAGAAGCAGUUGAAUCUGCCAUAUCACAGUGUAACAUGCUGGAGACUCUGGACGUCCGUUUUUGUCAAAAGAUAAGCCCGGCAAGCAUGGGAAGAUUACGAGCCGCCUGCCCUAGCUUGAAACGCAUAUUCAGCAGCCUCGUGCCGAUUUGAUAACAUAUAUCUGGAAGAAUUCUCUCAAAACAUUUCUAUAUGUUAAAUUAUCGUCUGUUUGUUCAAGUUUAUGUUUCUGUUUUUAAGGGUGUAUAAAAGGUUUGAUGUGAUGGAUUGUAGAGUGUAAUAAACGGUUUUCAUUUUGACAAAACUAUGUAUCAUAAAUACCAAAAGGUUUCAUU